UAAAAACUAUAUAAACUAAUAAAAAUAUUUUCAGAAGACAUUUGUUGAAAACAUUCAGAAACUUUCUUUCUUUUUCUUUCUCAUAAAAUAUAAUAGUAAUUGCCAAUAGUUCAUUAGCUUAGUUUAGUCAAGUCAUUCUUCAUGAACAGGAACAUUAGCAUUUCAGCACGCUUCUUGCUAAUGUGAAUCUAUGCUUUUAACAACUAACGCCCUGACCAUUUAACUGAACUAACUGAAACUACUGUUCACGGUUUUAUUUCGUUUAGUCACUUUUCAAUUACAGCUACUGUUUUAUUAUCUCAGGCUAAUGUUGGACAUUUACACGGCCGUCCUCUUAGCUCUGGUAUGGCUCUGUCUUCUCCGGUGUCAGUCCCGGCCUGUUGCUGUUCCUGCAGCUCUGCACACUGCAGUUCUGUGGAUGUGAGCUUCAGGUUUCAACACCACCACUAAGUCUACUUACUACAGAGCAGGAUCUGCUCUUCCCCGUUCCAGAUCUGCUGCUGCAGAGGAGGAGAGGACCGUCGCCUUUCCACCUUCAACCACGUCAACACACUUCCCUGCAUGUCCAGUAGUGGUGCCAUGCUGCUUGAAGUCUGUGAAUGAUAAGACAUGUCUUCAGACCGCCACUCCAGAGAUGAUCAGGUGGAGAGGGGGUCCAUCCCCCUGGACAUUGACAACGUCCACAUUCUCCUACAGGUGGAACAGGAGCAGAUCCAAAAGAGGACUUUCACUAACUGGGUUAAUGCUCAACUGACUAAGAAGCGGCCUCCAUGUGCAGUUGUGGAUCUCUUCAAUGACUUUCGCGAUGGCUCCAAACUGUUGGACCUCCUGGAGGUGAUGAGCGGCCAUCGCAUUAGUCGGGAGAGGGGAAGAGGAAUGUUUCAGCACAGGAGCAACAUCGAGAAAGCUCUGUCCUUCCUGAAGAAUAAAUCGAUUAAACUGGUCAACAUCAACAUUCCUGACAUCAUUGAUGGAAAACCUUCCAUCAUCCUAGGCCUCAUAUGGACGAUUAUUUUGCAGUAUCAUAUUGAGGAGUUGGCCAGUAGCCUGACGUUUGACUCCCGUCAGUCCUCCAUGGAGUCUUUGGCCAGUCUGGACUCUCGCUCCACUCUGUCCAGCCGCUCGGCCAGCAGUAGCCCAGCCCCCCGUAGGGGUUCACCGCUACACGCCCGCUUCAGGAUCUCAGCCAAGAAAGCUCUGCUGCUCUGGGUCCGAGAGCAGUGUCACAGAUCUGGCUGUUCCAUCAACGUGAAAGACUUCAAAGCCAGCUGGAGGAGCGGAGUGAUCUUCCUGGCCAUUCUUCAGUCCUUGAGACCAGACCUGGUGGAUCUGAGCAGAGCCAGUACCAGGAGCAACAGACAGAACCUGGAGGAGGCAUUUCGCAUUGCAGAGAAAGAGCUGAGGAUUCCUCGACUCCUGGAACCAGACGAUGUGGACGUCAGGGACCCGGAUGAGAAGUCCAUCAUGACCUACGUGGCUCAGUUCCUGCAGUACUCCAGAGAUCUGCCACCGACAGAGGAGGAAAUGCAGAUUGGACAUGUAACUCCUCCAAAAAGUCCUUCACCUGUCAACCUGCCUCUUCACUACACUCCUGCUAUAUCUGCCUCACCUCUGAGACAGGCAACACCCGAACGUAAGGUACAGGAAGUGACAUGCUGGCUGGCUCAGGCCUACGAUGAACUGCUGGAGGGAUGGGACUCCACAGAGGGGGAGAGUUACUCUGAGAGAUACCAUGUUUUUCAGACAUUUGUUGUAUCCUUUAAUGAGCAACGGCGACCCAUCAUGCCUCUGCUGACGGCGAUGAGACGAUCUGCAAAACUAAGUGAUGAGCAAAAAGCUCUCAGAGAGGCAUGGGACACACUCACUGAAAAGUUACGUGAAUAUAAAGUGGAACUGGACAUGAGUCUCCCAGCCCCCUUUGAUGCAGUGGCCCGUUGGCUAAUGAAAGCAGAGAAUGUGUUGACAGAAGAAGAAAGUGACCCACAGGACCAUGCACGAGCUGCCGACGAAGCGAGAGAGAAACAAGAGCUGCUUAAGGUUUGCCUGGAGGAGAUGCCACAGCAGCUCAAGACCUUCCAGUCCUUCCAGAACCUGGAUGAGUACGGAAACAUGAUGGUUCCCACUGACAAGAUUGAUGAGUUGAAGAGGAGGUUUACGAGUGUGAGAGUGACUGCUAAGUACCAUGGCAUCAAGCUUGAGUACUGUGAGCAGCGACACACUGUUUUGGAUCUGUUGGGUCAGAUCAGGUCCAAGCUUCGGGUUUGGAAGAGGCCCUUCAUUUCUCCAGAGGCUGUCAGGGUGUUGUUGCAAGAAUGGCAUGAGCUGGUGACCACACAGGAGCUCACUUCUCUGUUAGAAAUAGCACUCUAUAAGCUAAAACAGAUUUCGGAGAAAUACUCCAGCAAAUCUGCCCUUGCUGGGGAUUAUCAGCAUGUGAGUCAACAGGUGAAGCAGCUCGAGGAGGAUACGGCAGUGGUUUUGAAGGACGUGACCACAGCUAAGAACACAAUGAACAGGGUGCUGUCUGUUUGGGACACUUACAGCGACUGUCUCAGCUCCCUGCAGGCCUGGCUAGAGCAAAGCUCCGCCACUCCUGGAAAUAGAGCAGAGGUGACAUCUGAAUCUCUGGCAGAGUGGGGCUCACGACAAGCCCAACUGAACGAGGUGGGAAACUUCCUGAUUGAGAGAACUAACCCUCAGACCAGCAGGGUCCUUUCAGAGGAGAUCCGUCGGGUCAACAUGCAUUGGGCUGAAUUUGUCCACAAAAACACUUUUGACAUCUCGACUGGGCCCAGGGCAGAUGUGCAGACCAGACCCCAAGACCCACAGACCCUGAUUAGAGAGGCUACUCUCAUUCUUAAAGAGCCCCUGGAGGCCAUGGACGGACCUAUGCGAACAUACAGAAAAAGAAUUCAGUUUAUAAUAAAGAAGAUAAGUGAAGUGGAUCUGGAUACCAUGAUGCCAUCUCCAGAUUACCCACCAGAUCAGAUACAGAAACUUAAGCUUGCUCUACCUGAGGUGAUGCAGACCCUAUGUGAGGCACAGCAGGUGUGUACAGAGCUGCAGCAGAGUGUGUCAGGUCUAGACAGUCGGCUGGCUGAACUCCUGCACUGGGAAACAGAAGCCAGGGAGCUGUACCAUCUGUUGAGGGCCUCAGAAAGACAACAGCACCAUCGGGAACAGGACCCACGAGCCAGGGUCUUGAUCUCCCGUGGUCUACAGUUGGAGGGUCAGGUGGUGACAGAGGAGCAGGACCUGCAGAUGAUAGUAAUAGCAACUCAGAAAAACUCUCCCAUCAGGUAUCUUCAUGCCUCCACAAUACAAGACAGAGUGCGAGCAGCUGUUGCUCAGUCACAGGAAGCCGUUGGCAUGCUAAGCAGCCUGGGAGCUAGAAGAGACAGAAGCAGAAGUCCCCCAGAAGAAACCCCUCCAGCAAAGAUUUUCAUACAGGCUCAACAAAAAGCUCAACAUUUGAGGCCUCUGGACACCCAGGAGCCAAGUCACCAGCCUCAGACCAAACCAGAUUCCCAGCAAUACCAAGCCUUUGUUCCAAAGAUAGUGGUGCAGGAACACAGAGAGCAAAAGUCGACUUCUCCUCCAAUGCCAUAUACUUACGCAGAGGCUGUAAAAAGAACUGGAACAAAGUCACCUACAGAGUCCCAGGGUUUGACCUUGUCAGCGACUGCUUUGACAAAACAACAACCACAAAUGCUUGACAGUCAAAAGGAAAAACAGGUACAGCAGCAACAACUCACCCAAGAGCACCUGCAAGAACUGGAUCAGCAGGAGAUGAUUCCAACGCUGCCACAAUGGCAAUUGACACAGGAACAUAAAUCAACAAUGCAUCAACCAGAAGUUGUAUUCCAUGUACAAGAUGAAACACAUGGAGGAGGGAUUUCUGGACAUGACUAUUUACCCCAGCAGACAGCUCUUCAGAAACUAGAUUCAAGCUCUGGUGAAUUUCAAAGCAGAAAGGCUCAGGCAAUGAAAAACAGACCCUGGUGUCAAAAGACAGAAAGCCAGAAAGGGCCUGCUCCUCAUCCAGAACAGGAGUUAGUUCAAGCAACAAAGACACAUUCAGAGACAACAAGCGAAAUGGUAACAGUCCAAAUUGAUCUUCAGCAUUCAGGAGGCCCUGAACCUCAGCUGCAAGCACAUGCUCUACAGCUAAGACAGCAACCUCAACAUCUAAUUGAGCCACAGCAAGAGGUGCUAAAACAACUACCACGGCCUGCAUUAAGACAAACACAACCACACCAAGCUGUAAGUGCAAAACCACCUCACCCAAAAACUUCAGCACUUCCCCAGGUUAAAUCGGCAUCUGAGGUAGUGGUCCAGGUGCAAUCAACAGGUGUAUCCCAAAAUAUCACCCCGCAGCCAACAAAGACCAUGCCCCCACCAAUCAGAGUGAGUCAGGCUGAGUCACAGUCACCAGUUUUUUCAGAACCCCAUGGCUCUGUGAAGUCACAGGUAUUGGCUCAGUCCCAAACAUGUUUCUUAGCUGAGCCCCAGUCAAGUAUGCAGCAACAGGGCCAGGCCCAAAGCCAUGCCCAUGGUCCGGCUGUAGCUCAGGUACAAACAUGGCCUCCUGUCAGACCCUCUUCUCCAAUGCACACCACAGUGCAGGAUCAAAUUCAGUAUCCAGUGCCAUCCCAUAUUCAACUGCGUAGUCACCCUCAGUCCUGGGGACCCGUGAGGCCCCCUUCACCCAAACCUCCAACACAGGUCCUGCCUCAAGCCCCUGCACAAGAAAAUGUUGAUAUAUUGAAUCCAACACAUGGUGAAGCCAAGGCCCAUUCUAAAACUCAUGUUCAAUCAGUGCCUGAGAUGAAAUCUCUUCCACAAUUCAUGACUCAACCACAAAGCCAGAUGCCACCUGCCUAUUCCAAAAUUCCUACCCAGUCCAUCUUUCAACCCCAAAUGCAUACUUGGUCCCAAGUCAGAGCCACUUCCCCAAUGUCUACUCAGCAUCCACAAACUGAAUCUCAGCCAGAGGUUCAAUCGCCAUCUCACCAGUGGGCACCCAACCAAGAACCCCAAUGUCAGGUAUUUCUCCAGCAGAGACCUCCCAUUCCUCAAUCCUUGCACCAGCCAAUGGAUCAAAACUUACAAUCUCAGGCACAUCCACCCAUCCAGAUUCAGUGGCUACAGCCAAUGCUCCAACAAGGAUCUCAGAUACGAUCCCCUGGGUAUUCUCAGGCUGGGCCAUCAUACACACACCCUCAAAUACAGCCAUUGUCACAAAUACAGCAGCAAAUGAGACCUCAGGCUCCCAUGCAUCAACAGGCUCCAAUUGGGCCAUAUGAUAUUUCACAUCAUCAAGGACAACAAGGACAAAUACCACAGAUUUGUGUCCGCCAACGCCAACCUUAUCCAGAACCCCUCUCGAAGCCAUACCCGCAAAUGCCACCAAUAUGUGUUCGUCAACGCCAACCAUUUCCAGACCUACCCACACAACCAUACCAGCAAAUGCCGCCUGUAUGUGUUCGCCAACGCCAGCCUUAUCCAGACCCACCCUCACAACAUUAUACACCCUCGCUGCAGAUUUGUAUUCGUCAACGACAACCUUAUACAGAACCUCCCUCAAAUCCAUCCACACAACUCCCACAGAAUUUCAUUUGCCAACCCCAGCUGUAUUCACAGCCCCAAGUCUAUCCAGAGUCUUCCUCACAAACAAACAUCCAAAGACAGACGAGCCUAGAAAAGUCCUAUUUUCCUGCUCAGCAACCUGAGGCCAACCUACAGUUCCAGGAACCUCGUUCUCAUACCAGCUUUCAGGCCUCACCACAGGUAAACACUGUGGCUACAGAUCAACCAAAGGGUCACACUUCUUCCAAUGUGACAUCCCCUGUCUAUAUAGCACCACAACCAGAUGUUCAGGUAACAACUCAAAUAAAAGUGCAUUCACCAAUACAAAUUAAGAGAGAAUCACUUCCUCAGUUUAUACCUGAACCCAAGGCUGGGUCAACAACACAGCCUAAGGUAGAGGCCCAAAUAGCACAACCUGAGAGUCAAUCACCAGUUCAAGCUAAGGUUCAGUCAGCAAUUCAGCUGAAGCCUCAUUCUUUACCUCAACCCAAACCGCAGACACAUGUGCUCCCUCAACCCCAAAUUCAGCCUCAAGUGACUCAGAUACCAAAGGUCCAGAUUAGCCCAGAGGAAAGACCUCCUACCCAUCCAUUCACUUCACAACCCAAAGAACAACUUCUGCAAACUAAUGUGGUCUCUCAGGUAAAUGUUUUGCCACAGUCCCAGGCUGAGUCUCCAGACCCGUGCAUCAGUCUUCCAGCUUUGGCUCAGGCACCACAUCAGACCUACACGGAGGCUUACACCAAGGCCCAAGCACUGGCCAGGAAUGGCUUUGAGGAAGCCAAGCACUGCCUACAGGAGCACAUCCUUGAAGCCAUCAAUAUCUUCAAAGUCAAGUGUAUAUCAGCCAACCAGAUAUCAGUCAAAGAGGAGGCGUUGAAAACCCUGGACCCGGAGUUACUGGAGGAGUUCCUGCGAGCAGCAAAGGGCAUGGAGGCCUUUUGCACUCUACCACAACUCAGAGACCUGGAAUUUUUCACCCAGUCUGUCAGAACUCAGUGGGAGGCUGUGAGAGCUGAGAUCUCAGGCUUUUUGCAAAACUUGCGAUUUGAAGUAACAAGAAAAGACUUUAACACAGCUGUCCUUCAGUGUGAGCUGCUCUUAGGUUCCACCCUAGAAACACAAAUACAGGCCUGCUUUGCUGUGGACGGCAGCUUCGCGCAGGCAGGAAAACACCUGGAGGCUCUGAAGGAGCUGUGUGACACUUUGAGUCCUGAGGACGCUCACCGUCUGGCCCAAACCCAGCUAAGAGAGUGUGAAAGGAGACUAGCUGCCAUCCAGCACCAGUUCAGUGGAGACCAGGACACAUCCGUUUCUGAUUCUAGGAUUUCUGCUGAAUUCACCGAAGACCUGACUUUGAAACAAGAGCUGGACAAACCUCAAAUCUCAGUAGAGGUGUCUCACGUGACAGCAAAGACAAUCAAUGUGGAGGGAAGUGAGGUUGAAAAACAGCCAAGUGUAGAAGAGGAGGUGACUAAAAAAGAGGCCUUGGAGAGAUAUGAGCAUUGUAAAAAGACUCUCCAAGUCCAACUGGCAAAAAAUGAACAGAGCAUCGCAGAUGCGCAGUCUGACACCGUCUCUCUCCAAGGCUUACACACUCGACUGCAGGAGAUUCAGUUCUUGAGACAGGAGACGGAAGCCCUCUGGUCUGAGUUUGGAAACCUGUGCUCCCAGCUUCAUGGUAACCCUGUAGUGGAGCAGGAGAAGGCAGAACUCCAAGAGCAGUGGCGUAGCCAACAGCAGAGCCUCCAGAGGAGAGGCAGCUCACUGGGAGCUGCACUCAGACAGAUUGACUCAACCGAGAACCACAUGGUGGACUUCACCGACCGCCUUGACCGCUACCUGAGACAACCCAAAGACAUCACAUCCUUCACGCUGGCCAACACCAAUAUCUUGAAGGACAUCAAGGAACUAGAUGACAAUAUCCAGAGUGAGCUGGACCAGCUGGCCCGUCUGGACCCUGAAUCCACGGAUUUGGACCCCAGAGACUGUUUCCCUCUGGCCCGUGAAGUUGAAACUCACAGAACCAGCCUGGACCAGCUUCGACAACAGGUCAGAAAGAGUGAAGCAGCUGCUCGGGCCCUGGACCGAUUCCUCAUGUCUCUGAGAACUAUGGAUGAAGACAUCUCCGGAGUACUCAGCACACCCCAGAGUGACACUGCAGCCAUGCAGGAGUGUCGCUCCAAGCUCACACUGAUCCGACAGAGUAUCGACAGCCUGAAGGAGAAGGCUCCUCAGCUGGAUCUGCUGCUGCAGGGAGCCAGACUCACCGUCACCAGGGACAGCGUCCCUGCUUCUUGUCUGGACAUGGUGACCACUCUGCUGCCGAGGCUAGAGGAGGCUGACGGAGUGCUGGCCAAUCAGCAGCAGGGCCUAAUGAGGGAGACACAAAGCAAAUCCUUGGGUUUGAGGAAAAGGGCGCUCCUGGGACAACUGAGAACAUUGCAGGAUACUGUGGAAUUACAGGGUCUGAAGGAACUCCGUGGCCUCUCAGAUUUGGAAGCCCAAAUUCAGGCUUUUCACACAGAGCUCCAGAGCCUGCGUGAUCUUCAGGAGACACAGAGCGGAGGAGAAACUCUCCUGCAGGAGCUGGAGACUCAGUGGAGGGAGACUCACAGAGGAAAAAGCAGUGCAGCAUUCUGUUGGAGAACCUGA